AUGACAAGCCACUGUUUAAGCAGACAAGGCCUACAGUCGCUUCAGGUCGAGCCGAGGCUAGGCGGCCCACCCCCUCUUCGCAUCGGGCCUGGGGUGGCAAGCGCCGCGGCAGUCGGUGACUGUCAGACUGCAGUGUCCAUCGCGUAUUGCGACGUCGUCGCCAGGCCGACGGGGUAUCGAUUGAUUACGGUCUCCGGUCCAAGCGGCCAGGCGCGCGACAAUUGGCUCUCUGCGCCAGGACGUGUGGAGAGGGCGGCAGACCGAGUCAACUCCGGCUAG